AUGGAACUGCGUCUCGUGCAGUUUCGGAGCCUCAAGCCCUACACCUGCAACGCUGAGCAUCCAUUUCGUCUACGAGGGCGAGUCCUUCGAACAUUAGUUGAAAAUCGUUCAGGUAGAGCGAUCCUUGCUUUACUUGAGCCCUGGCCGAGUGUUCCUGCUCCACAGCAGACCGUGGUUGUGCUUGUUUGCACCGGCGACUGGACGGCCGCGGGCACCGCCCUAGCACACUGGGACGUUGUGGAGGUUCAGAACGCACAGGUCGUACCGCUGGGCGACAUUUGUGAGGCCAGGGACCAUGGACUGUUGGACUCGUGUCUGGAACUACACGAGUACGCGGUGGUACUGGGUCCUGACCAGCGAGAGGCCUGCUGUGCUGGUGCCGCAGACGCAACAGCCUGCAAACCCGCGCUCACCAUAUUCAAAGACGCCGGCAAGUGCAACGAUCUAUCCCAACUUGCAAACGCACGUAUCAUGAAGCUGUCUCCGGAGUCUAUAGGGCAAACUCUGGUCGUCACAGAGCAUGGUGCAGGGACGGACACCAGUGGACGCCCCGUCGCACAGCACGAAAGUUGCGAACCAGUUCCGAGGCCUGUAGUGCCCCUGGACUCAAAACAUCACUACUUAACGCUUGAGCAGUUGCGACACCCCGGCCAGAUGUCCGGUCGCACGUAUGACGUUUACGGGGUGAUCGUCGACGUCCGGGCGCCUCGCCUGGUACGUACCGGAGAACUGCUCACUGAGCUGCAGAUCAUCGAUCCAAGCAUCGUCGUAACAGACUCUGAUGGGCGGCUGGUGAGCUUCGCACCUCCCCAAUUCAUGCUUACCUCGUUCAGUAGCCGUCUUAGCGAUUGCGUUCCGUACAUCGGGGUAGGAGACGUCGUCCGGGUACAUCGCGCCGAGCUGCGGUGGUUUCCCCAACAGAGUCCGAGUGGUUCGAAGACGGAGACGUUGGAGCUGAAGACAAAUUCGCUCUCUUCUAUGUGCCUCUGGCCUGCACUUGCUCAGCAUGAUGAGGGAGCUGGUUUGGGACGCUCGUCGGCUUCCGCUUCCGGAGACUUGUCCGGUCUGCGAGCCGCGACCGCCACUCAUCUCGAAGAAAUGAAUCAUUUACCCGAUCCGCUCAUAUAUGCUUACCCGUCAAACACGAAAUCGAUCGUGAUCACCAAUAGUGAAAAAUGUUACGCCAUGGAGUUGCUACGUUGGGCGCGUGCACUCCUGUCGCAAAGCGGCUUUCUCGGCUCGAAGGCGUUCUCCGCCACCCUGCGAGACAUUCUGCAAAGUUCGCUUGUGGUCGACUCAGCAAACGGCAGCGCCAUGCAACGGCUACGAUACGAUCUGGUGGUGCUCAUUCGGGACUUGGAGAAAACCCCGUACGAAUUCCUGCUCAAAGUCACCGACGGAAGCAUCUCCGAUUUGGUGACGGUCUCCAUUGCCGCAGAGUGCUGGACGCGGCUCACACAUCGACUGGAGCCGCACCUUCGCGGUAACUGGUUCCGGCUUCGCGAUGUACGCCUCGAUCGACGCCCGGGUCUGCCUUUGCGCCUGACCAUGAAUGAGGGUUCAUCGAUUUACAAGUUCCCGCAAUGGAUGCCCGAGGUGCAAAGUCGCAUGCAGCACUUGGGAGCAGCAUUGACUGAUCCCACGUGUCGGACCGAUUCGCAAAGCGCAUACGAAGCAGCGCCCGUUGCUCACCAGCGUGCGCUUGGCACCCGAAAUACACCGGAACAAAUGAGCGCUGCUGCCUAUCCCAUACUCAGCGCCCCGUGCACCGAACUGAAUCGCGAACGCGUUGCCUACACCACCACCUCCCAUACAACGACUAAUAUCGAGUCCGCAGAGACAGGAAUUGUCAAACGGGGUCCUGUACAGCACCCCAGCUGCCUGCAUUGUAGUGGUCCACCGCUGCUACAGACAAGUUCAACGAUGAGCAUACCCUGGCAAGCGCUACGCCCUCAGUCGCUUGCGCAUAUGUUGGAUGACAUGCGUGCACUGCGCUCGAUGCGUGCAGCGGGUAAUGCGUGCGCGCGCGCCGACACUCCAAUGCAUCGGCUCUACCGCGUGUACGCCUGCGUCUGCGACGUGCACUGGAUCGUUGACGCUGACUCGCGGCACAUGCUGCAGCUGCUUUUGACAGAUCUGCCAUUCCAGUGCCCGAGUGGAUCGAAAGAAGCGGUGGAAAAUCAGCCGUUUCUAAAUGACGACCUGCGUUUCGAAAAUCGGAAAAUAAUCGCUUCUGCGCCGACGGUGAUUUCGGCUUGGGUACUUGACGAGGAUCUGACAACGCUCUGCACUGGGACGAACAUGAGCUGGUCAACGGCUGAACCAGAGCGAGUGGAGGCGUUCUCCCAGUCGCUUCGAUAUGUGCUCACCAUGCCUUUUGUGUGGAUCGAUGUGCUGCUGGUUGCAUCCUGGGGUGAUGAUCUGCGAGCGGAGCGGCCUGCCAGCGAUAUCAUCAAAGAGCAGUCGGGGCUACAGCCCUGGGUUGUUUUGAUAGAGCCGGUGUUGCGUGUACCGCUCUGGGACGAGACAGAUAACCAAGCAUCCGUUUGA